AUGGAGCGCGGCGAAUUUGGCUUGGUGCCUGGAGAAACCGGAGGAGAACGGAAUUUUCGGACGGGGAUGGGAGGGAGGAGGAAGGCGGCCGCGCCUUUUUCCACGGCAGAAAAUAAAAGGUUCCAGGAAGAAACGAAACAAUCCACCAAACCAAACCCAACCACCACUCCUCCAUUCCAAAAGAAGAAAAAGACGAAGCAGCAAUCCCGCACCAGACCAAGAAUGGAUGCCGAGAGCGAUGAGCGCAGGAGCCCUUACUUACCACCACCUCAGCUUCACCAUGUCGAUCGCGGACGCGCGGGCGCGGCGGCGGAGGACUGGGGAGAAGGGAUGCGGGGGUGGUGGUGGUGGGGACGGAUGGAAAGGGACAAGAACCUGCUGCUGCUGCUGCUGCUCCUCCUCCUGCGUUUGUUUAUUCCGGGGCGGGUGAACGGACGGAAGUGCCUCUCGUCGCUCCUCUCAAAUCCUCAGAAUGGGGAGGGGUAG